AUGGAGCAGAGCCAGGCACUCGUGUCGAAGCGUGGCGCCGGUCCGCCGCGCCGGCAGAAGUCCCGUGCAAGUGAGUCAGCCGCAGAGGCCGACGCACCGAAGGCGCCGGAGGUGCCUUCACUUGUCGAUGAGGGGGAGGAAACCGCGGAAGGGGGUCCUGCCGAGGAGUUGAAGGAAAAGGCGGAGGCGGAGACAGGCGAGACGGCUGCCGCUGCGGGAAGUGAGCCAGACAAAGCCGCGUUGCCCCCUGAGGAAGUCUCGAGACAGCCAGUCAAGCGCAGGUCCUCGGCGGCGGCUCGCGCGGGAUCUAGCCAAGUCACCGGCUGGGAGAGUGAGCGGGCGGCGUCCUCCGACCGGACAGCCAGCGCGGAAGCAGAAGACGCCGAGGCUCGGAAGGUAGAAGACCAGGUGCGCGCGCUGCUCGCAGCCGCCACUGCGGAAACCGCUGGCAUCGGCGGCUCGGCCAAAGGUCGCAGCUCGCAGAGAGGCUCUGUGAUGGCUCUCAAGGAGAAGGGACUCGUCACGCAGCUUAAAGCUGACUUUGCAAAGUACGCACAACUCCAAGACACAAAGGAGAUCCACGGCGAUGCGAUCACCAUGCACCGGGAGGGCGGAGAUCUCGAUAGCGACGACGGCGACAGGGACAGGAGGCGAUACGGAGCGGAUCGGCGGCGGCGUCUGAGCGGCACGAAGCUGAGUGCGGAUUUCGAGGGCGUGUCCCGCAAAAUGAGCAAACGCAGCAGUCGGCGCAGUAGCGUCGGCUCUGCAGGGUCUACCGAGGGCGUUUCUCACGACAGCGCGGACGACAGGAGAAGGCGGAGCGUACGGAGGCACAGUCGCAGUCUGAGGCCGGAGGAGAAGCAUGCCAGGCGGAGUUCCACCGGUCGAAGCGAGCGCUCGCAGGGUAGAGAGAGACGACGCAAAGAUGAUGAAGAUGCGUCAGGGGAGCGCGAGAAGGCGGAGCACAGCGAAAAGGCGACGAAGCGUGUGCAACUUCUAGAAGCGAACGAGUUCGACGCUCGCAGACAACUGGAUGGAGAAGAUCGGGGUUCGUCGCAUCACCCUCGAACAAGGGAUGGCGGAGAUCGCGACAACGCCCCUCCACAGAGAGGAGAGCGAGACGGUGAAGAAGACAGGGGCGCCUCGAAGGAAAGGCGACGAGACACGGCGGAUGGAAGUCCUGAACGAGCGAUGUCAAAGAGAGACAAACCCUGUAGGGAUGAAGGAGACACGUCGUCUUCGAUCUAUCCAGGCGAGGCGCGACGAACAGACAAGCUCAAUGUCAGCCUAUAUGAAGAAGUGCCCAUGCGGACUGUAUCCUUCGCAGGCGAUGGCACCGGCGCUGUCUUCCACAGUGACGACCCCGUAGAGCUAAUCAAGAAGGCCAUGGAACAGUUACAGGGGCUCGAUGCGCUUGUUCGGAUUCCCGACGGCUUCGCGCGAAGCGCGCUUGUGUCAGCUCGGUUAACGCAGUCUAGACUCGAACACGAUACGCGGCGGCUCGUGGAAGUGCUGGAAAGGGCAAAACAGGCGCGUCUUGAAGAGGCCCAGAAACAGUCAGAUGCGAUCGGUGCCAGCCAAUAUAAUGCCGACGCAGCGCCCCCCGACAAAAAAGAGAAAAAAACAAAGGGGGAUCUCACUGCACAGCUCGACAAGGCUUUGGGAGCGAAGCCGACCGUAGCGGAACGUCAACUGGAGCAACUUGCACAACUUCGACGGAAGACUGUAGAGCCUUCCCUUGCGGGAGGAGCUACGGCACCCAAGCUCUCCAAGGCCUCCAGGAGAGCGUCUGGCCUCUCCACUGCCGCGACGGUGUCCGCAUCGUACGUUCUCAAAGCGGGAUCGAAGCUGGAACAUGCGAAAACGAAAUCAGGGUUCGAUCAAAAAACUUCUGCGCUCAUGGUUCGGCCUUCGUGA